CAAUGCUAUGAAUAAAGCACUUUUGUUCUGAACGCCAAGCAAUCAAGUUGUGUUUUAUUGAGUUCUUACAUUUGGCGACGAGGACUUCAAGGAACGACUUUGCUUUGUUGGACGAACCCCGAGAAACAUCAAGAGGAAAUAAAUUUCACCUAUAUAUCCUUUCAAGAUGUCUUCGUUAACGUAUAAUAUUGCGCCAUUCUGCGAACACGGACCCGGAUCUACCAAUUCCCGUUGGGAGGAAUGGAGAGAUCAAUUUGUGGCUUAUUUGGAUUUAAAGAAAGUACAUGACUGUGACGAAAAACAUAAGGCAUUAUUAUGUUUUGGUGGACCUGACAUCAGGAAAAUCGCCAAGGAUGUUGUCGUUAGUGAUAAUUUGAUGGACAACCAAUAUCGUGCAACGAUGGAGGCACUGGACAACUACUACUCCCCACGUAUGUCUCUACGCUACGAAAGGUUGAAGUUCCGACAAAUGACUUUCAGUCCAAACGAGAGACUGGAUCAGUUUGUAGUACGCUUGAAAACUCAAGCAGCAAUGUGUAGCUUUGGUGAUGAAGUAGAUAGCAUGGUUAUGGACCAAAUUGUUUAUGCUACUCAAAAUGACGACAAGCUGAGAGCUAAAUAUUUGGAAUGUGACACAACACUGGACGAAAUGUUGAAAAUUGGGCGCACGUAUGAAACUGUUAACCAACAGGUCCACGAAAUUCGAUUCAAAUCGCCUGAUAACAUUGAAGUCAAUGCUAUCCUGAACGCCGACAAUGUACACAGAACGAAGAAAUUGUCUUGCGUCAGAUGUUCGGGAAAUCAUACGUCAGUAGAUCCUUUAUGCCCAGCUCGAGGAUCACGAUGUGGGGUCGAUCUUCGACUUAUCAUCGAUACAGGAGCCGAUGAGGACGUGCUCGGCAUAGACGAUUGGACCACCUUGAAACGAGUUGGAUUUGAAGCUUACGACAUCAGAAAGGGAAGCGAUAAAAUAUUUCAAGCCUACGGAUCAAAUAAACCGUUGAUAGUCUUAGGAGAGGUAGACGCAAUGAUCGCAGUGGGAGAGCAAUCCUGCCGGACAACCUUCUUUGUUAUUCAAGAUGGGAAACAUUCACUCCUCUCUGGACAAACGGCGGAACGUUUGGGAGUGGUGAAAUUUCUGAGAUCGCUAGGAAAUGAAACGUUUCCAUCUAUCAAAGGCAUGUGUGCCUCUAUAAAGAUUGAUAAAUCCAUACCCCCUGUAAGACAAGGCUAUCGUCGUAUUCCAAUUCCAUUGGAAGAGAUCACCAUACUAAAACUUAAAGAGUUAAUGAGCCAAGAUGUGAUCGAGCGGGUGAAUGAGGCGUGCGAAUGGGUUUCCCCAUGCUCGUUAAACGCAAAAGUUCAAACGAGAAACGUUACAAUUAAGGUUCCCUCGAACAGUGAGUUUGUUUUUGUCAAUGAUUAA